AUGCCGACGAUUCUAUUACCAGCAUCUGCUGCGGCUUUCGCCCCAAGAUCCUCUCCCAAUGUUGUCCUAAACUCACGGGUAGAGCCGUGGUUAACUGUUACUCUGAAGAGGGUCAACCGGGUCAAGCGACCCCUUAACAACGUUACGCAGCACACACGAUGUCUGACAGAAACGCUAUCGUCGUCGAAUGCCAUCUGGACUCUCUGCUCGAUCAUGCUGCCGAAGGCACCUGAAUCAGAACUGCGACAGGACGAGAAUUUGUUGGUUGAGGCCUUGUUCAACUACCAGCUUGUCCAUAUGGAAGCAUACGUCGUUCAUGUCGACUUGGUUUCGCAAAAUGAAGUCGCUUUCAAACUAACCCCGGAGACGAUUGAAUUACUAGUCGAGUACCACAAGGAUAUCUAUUCUGUGGAUUCUGCUGCCAAAACCUGGAACUGGUCGGAGAAAGAGAUACAACUGAAGAAGUUACAAGAGGAGUUCGUUCAAGCCGCCAACAGAUUUGUUUAUCGGGCAUCUGCAACGGCGCUAGAGGGAAUGGAAGAGGACGGCGCCGGUGAGCUUCUUUGUGGUCGCAGUGAUGAGGCCAAGGCAGCCAUUCUUGGAUUGUUUGUGCCGCUGCUACCACCGCCACCUCGCAUUGUUGAUGUGGUGAGGCCAACUCCAAUCCUACCCAGCUCGACGGGGCCUGAUAACUGGUGGCACAGUCCCAUCCAGCAACCUCAUCCCGAGCCGGUUGAUUCGUGGAAGGUUGUUCCGUCUAGCCCGAGCACCACCUCAAGCGAUUCGAAUCAAAACCUGUGGGCUGCCAGCAUUGCACUUAAUGAAAUCCAAGCUUCAUCCCCUACGCUGUCGCACAGCCACCCUUAUUCCACCACUGCGUACAGCGAAACUCAGUAUUAUAGCACUCCGGCCACUCCAGCUUCUAUCACACACUUCUUGUUGCCGAGCAUGCUGGCGCAGCAACAGUGCAGUACCGCAGCGAACAUGGGAGGCUUUGGCUGGGGCGAACGAUAUCAGGACUUCGCCCUGCCAUAUGGAACUACCAUGUAG